AAAAUACCUCUGUUUCCCCCCUCUUUUUUGCAGAUGAUUAUUACAGCGGUAAUCGUAUUCAUCAGCAUAUUGAUCUCAGGUGUGUCGCUCAUGUGCAUGAACAGAGCCAGCCCAGAGGCCAACUGUGAAGUACUGACCCAGCAAUCCCAAUCGAGUGCAACAGAGGAACCUGAAAGGGAUCUAAGUGAUCAAAGCACAUCUUCAACCAGCGUUUCUCAUUCUCUGACAAACUCUUCCAUGGAACGAGGGUGCUAUGCUUGCCAAAAGCAGGAUGGAGAGCUAUGUUCUCCUGAAGAAGAGCCAGUGUCUGCCCCUAGUGCCAAUCAUAACUGUACUCUGUCAAUUGAAACAGCAAAUCAGUGCUUGAGUCCGUGCAGUUCUCAGACCUGCAUGUUGGCACAGGAAGAGCAGUUUCUGCAGGUCGGGGACAAACAGCUGGCCAGACACGUCCUGCUGUGCCUGCUGCUCAUCGUGGGCCUCUUUGCCAAUCUCUCCAGUUGUUUGUGGUGGUUGUUCAACCAAGAACCGGGAAGACUCUACGUGGAAUUGCAGUUCUUCUGUGCUGUAUUUAAUUUUGGUCAGGGAUUCAUUUCUUUCGGAAUAUUUGGCUUAGACAAACAUUUAAUUAUUCUUCCGUUCAAACGAAGGUUUGAGUUCCUGUGGGGUAACAGAGAAGCAGGGGGAAGAAGGGACUCCUCCGUACCUGAGGAAAUCCGGAUGACAUGCCAGCAGUUUGUUCAUUACCAUAAAGAUUUGUGUGUCAAGAGCAUUGUCCAGCGCAGAAGGUGUGGAGUGAAGAUGGCCACUGGUGUCUUCUUUGGCUGUGAUCUGGUGACCUGGCUCAUCGAAGUCGGCCUUGCCUUGGACCGAGGAGAAGCCGUGGUGUAUGGAGACAGACUAGUGAAAGGAGGGGUUAUCCGGCAUAUUACCAAUGAAUUUGAGUUUCGGGAUGAGCAGUUACACUAUCGCUUUGUUCCUAGGAGAUCUGUGGCAAGAGAGAGCCAUGGAAACGGAGAGAUCCUUCGAAGCUUAGCCUGACGGGGUUUUCUGAAACACUCAGCUGUCACACACACUCUUACGAAUGGCACAGCUGUUCCGUUCUAAGUUGUAAUAGCUGUUCUGUUUGUCACCCACCCAAAAAUGUGUAUUUAAAUGCUGACGUGCAGUAAGUAACUUCAGGGAAUUAUUUUAACUCAUAAAAAUUACAAAAAAUAGGAUCUUUUAAAAACGUGGACAGGAAACGAAAUAAUUGGGUUUUUUAAGUUUGUGCUUUUGUAUCAUGUGACACAUUGACAAAAAAAAAACCCCAGCUAAGAUUGGAUCUUGAAAAGUUCUUCUUGCCUUGUGCCGGCUUUUUCCUUUUGGGUCUUGUCCAAGCAAGCCGGUCCUCCAAAGUCCUCGGAAGCAAGCAGCAAUCUUGCAUGCUGUCAGUUGCUUUACUGUUCAAGUCCAGGGGACUUAAUCCAGCCUCAGGGUAUGCAGGAUUAUCACCCAAACAUUAUUUUUUUAGAGUUUUCCUCUGCUCAUAAUUGCUCUCAGAAGAGCAAUUGCAACUCUUGAAAACAAAGCCAUUUUCACAAACCUCGCAGUACUCAUCCAGACCAGCAUCAGUUUCCGUCUGUGAGGUUUUUUGUCAAUUUGCACCUCCUAAAUUAGACCAAAAGCCUUUCUUAAAAAUAAGUAUAAGCAAAUACUUGAAUUAGUGUUUUUUUUACCCUCCAGUAUGCAACUUAAAUAAUUUAUUGAUGUAGAUUUUAUCCUUGGAAUAAGGACUUGUAGGUGGGAAGAACCCUCUAUUUUCAUUGGCUUCUUAAUCGGUAAGAUGCAAUCAAGUGUUAGUUACCGCACCCAACUUAUUGCAACUCGACUUUUUUUAAUGCCCACUUGUUUUUGUUAUCUAUAUAUCUUGUCCCUUUUCUCACUGUAAACGGGUGUUACACAGUGAAGGAUACUAGAGAAUGGAAUGGAGUUUAUUGAUCUUUUUAGAAAGUGGGAUGUUAACUUUCCACAUAGUUACUAAUUGCCAGGGUAACUGGAAUAAACCGUAAUGAAUUUGAAACAGGCCCUAGAUCUGCAUUGGUUAUCUUCUUCUAACAGCUUUUCAUUUUGGACCAUCGGGUUGGUGUGUUGAGUUUUGGUAAAAGUACGGCUAUAUUUCAAAGACAGGCUUCUUAAACUUUUGGCUGUGAUCCUGUAGUAGUAGGAUUUAGUCCCAACAGCCUGAAGUACAGUUAAUAACUACAACUGGUGCGUAUCAAUAUGCAUGGAAGAUCUGAACUGGGGAACCACUUACUUUCGCUGUUAAACAUGUAACUGUUACAUUGAUGUUGUACAUGAAGAAUGUGCUGAAAAAGUUUCUUCUAUCUUGUAUGCAAACAUUCAUAACGAAGAAAUUUUGUUUAUAGUAAAGUGUGGUUUUACCUGAUCUUCGGCGGAAAACGGGAGCAUUGCUGUUAUAUUUCUGAAGCCAACCAUGUUUCUAUUUUGGGAAAAGUUGUGGAAAAGUCAAUUUUGGAAGUAGUAGGUCAUUCUAUAUUUCCUGCUUUUCAGUUUCUCAAUAAAUAAAGAUGGUUCUACCUUCUAA